AAAAAAAGACGUGUACUUGGCAACCGAUCCCCAAAGACGAUCAACAAAGAGGAUACAGUUUUCUACCUCUUCUCCAUAUAUGUUGGGCCGGAUCUGCUGCUGGGAUAACAGAUCAGACCACACGGCUGAGACAAGGUAGAAGAACGCCGGAGAAAAAUGGGGACGACGACGGCACUGGCGCCGGGACUGUCACGGAAGCUGAAGAAGGUUCUAGAAACACGCACCGACAGUCCAGAUCUACUCGCUUCUCUCAACACACUUUCUACAUUUUAUACGGAGAAUACGACUCCGGCUCGACGGAACCUCCGAUCGACUAUCGAGAAGCGUUCGCUCUCGAUUAAUCAUGAUUUUCUUCUUGCUUCUGAUGCCGCACAGCAGGCGUUGGAUCGGGUGGAGGAAGAGGUUAAUUCGCUUGCGGAAUGCUGUGACAAGAUUGCUAAAUCUUUGAGUAACUGUAAUGCUACUACUGGAGAUAUUAUUACUACCACAGAAAGGCUUAAACAGGAACUUGAAGUUACCACACAGAGGCAAGAGAUUGCAUCAUGUUUCCUUCGAGAUUAUCAACUUUCCAACGAAGAGAUAAACGCACUUAGGGAGGAAGAAUUAAACGAAAACUUUUUCAAGGCAUUGAGCCAUGUGCAAACGAUCCAUGCAAAUUGCAAAGUUCUUCUCAGGACCCAUCAUCAGCGGGCAGGUUUAGAGCUCAUGGAUAUGAUGGCUGUCUAUCAAGAGGGUGCCUAUGAACGCCUGUGCAGGUGGGUUCAGACAGAGUGCAGGAGAUUGGGUGACACUGAUAACCCUGAAGUUAGCGAGCUACUGAAAAUGGCAGUUCGAUGUCUCAAAGAAAGACCAGUACUGUUCAAGUAUUGUGCUGAAGAGGUAGCAAAUAUGAGGCACAAUGCACUGUUUAGAAGAUUUAUAAGUGCUCUUACACGUGGAGGACCUGGUGGAAUGCCCAGGCCAAUUGAAGUACAUGCUCAUGAUCCGUUACGCUAUGUAGGUGACAUGCUCGGUUGGUUGCAUCAGGCUCUUGCAUCUGAAAGAGAACUUGUAUUUGUGUUGCUUGAUCCAGAUGCAGUGGUCAAUACUGGACCAACUGCUCGGCGAUUUUCCAUGAGCUCAGAGAGUAAUGAAGAAAAAUCAGAAGGUGAUUUGACAUUUGUUUUGGAUAGGAUCUUUGAGGGCGUUUGCAGGCCUUUUAAAGUCAGAGUUGAACAAGUGUUGCAGUCUCAACCGAAUCUCAUAAUCUCAUAUAAGCUUAGCAACACUCUCGAGUUCUACAGCUACACUGUGUCAGAUCUGCUAGGGAGAGAAACAGCUCUUUGUAAUACCCUUUGGGGUCUCAAGGACGCCGCUCAGAAAACAUUCUUUGACAUUUUAAAAGUCAGAGGCGAGAAGCUUUUGAGAUAUCCACCAUUUGUUGCUGUUGAUCUUUCUCCACCGCCAGCGCUGAGUGAAGGAGUCUCUUUGUUGCUUGAACUAAUCCAGAUUCACGACACCAUGAUGGUUCCUGCGUCAGGGAUAAAACCAGCUUUCGAUCCCGUUAUAUCUGCCUUGCUCGAUCCUAUAAUACAGAUUUGUGAACUAGCAAUGGAAGCACACAAGUCGAAAGGAUCUAUCGAGUCAUCUAGAAGAAAUAGAACAAAGACUGAUGUUGGCCAAUCACGAAGAUCAUCUGUUGAUGCUAUUUUGGCAAGCAGCAGCCAAGUAUUUCCAUCUAAGAACAAUGAAACCACAUCAAAGAUUUUCAUCAUCAAUUGCUUAUGUGCGAUACAACAACCGUUACUAAGACACGAUGUGGCUUCUGAGUAUGUGAAGAAACUUGGAACAAUGAUCGAUAAUCACAUGUUGAGUCUGGUGGAGAAAGAAGUCGAGGCCAUUUUAACAAGAUGCGGUUUGUCAAACAAGAUGUCUCUUUUCAAAAACUCCACUGCUGACUCACCACCAUUAGCUGACAUGGAAGACACUUCACCUGAAUCUCUUUCGGAGUCUCUCAAAGCUUUCUUCGGGCUCAUUCUUGGAAGUGAUAGCUCACUCCCGGAAUUUGAACAGAUGAACCUUCCAGGUCUUCGGUCUGAAGCUUGUGCCCAGGUGGCUACAUCUCUGGCAGAAGCUUAUGAUGUUAUUUACAAGGCGAUUAUGGAUCCGAGCAAUGGUUAUGCUGAUCCCAAGUCGUUAGCCCGACAUCCCCCCGAUCAGAUACGGACCAUUUUGGGAAUCUAAUAUACGAGUAUAGCAUUGUAUUAUUGCAAAUCGUGUUGUGCGAGAAUAAUUUCUUUUCCUUUCUUUGGUUGUUACUAUGAUUGAACAAUUUUUUUUUUCUUUUUGAGCCAUUUAGAUAUGUUUCUGGUUAUGUUAUAUUUCAAACGGUUUAGAUGCCAUAAGCUAGAUGAUUUUGCUACAGAUUUUUUUUUAAUGUA